UCUCCGGCUACGUAUCAAUCCCAUGGCGCCUACCUCAGUUCAUCUGUUACCAUAUCCAGCGGAAGGUCCAGAGCCGAUGGAUGUUAAGAUCGCUCCGGCAGUAAGCAAAAGGUUUAGUAUAACAUUCUUUUUGAAAAAGAUAUUGCUUGAGAAAUCUGGUGACGACAGUGACCUGACGAUUUUGGUUUUGUCAGUUCAUGCUGUUAUGCUAGAAUCUGGUUUCUUGCUGUUGGAUCAUGGUCCUAAUGAUAGGUUUAGCUUUUCAAAGAAGUUACUCUCUGUUUCUCUUAGGUAUUCUCUGCCUGAGCUUAUUAGCCGUAAGGAUAACAAUAAACUCGAGUCUGUUACUUUGCGGUUUCACAACAUAGGCCCUAGGGUUGUAGUUUACGGAACACUAGGUGGGACUGGUGAGAGAGUGUACAUGACUAGUCUUGCUAAGCGUAGGUUCGUGCCCGUUAUCGACUUGGUUGUGGAUACUUUGAAGUUUGAGAAAGAAAGCUCUUCGAUCCACUACCGCCAAGUGUUUAUGUUCUGGAGAAUGGUUAAAGACGAUGUUGUUAUCCCGUUGUUGACUCGUCUUUGUGAAAAGACUGGCUUGGAUCCUCCGCCAAGUUUGCUUAGCCUACCACCAGAGCUAACUCUGAAGAUAUUAGAGUCGCUUCCUGGUGUGAGUAUUGGGCAUAUGGCUUGCGUUUGUACAGAGCUGCGGGGUGUGGCAUCAGACAAUGAUUUGUGGAAACAGAAAUGCUUGGAAGAAGCUAAGAAUCAUAUUUGGACAUUAACAGGUAGGAUUGAUUGGAAGCGUAGAUUUGCUGAGUUUUGGAGGCAAAAGAAACACCUCAUUCUCCAACAAAGAGAAAUCCUUGACAGAUGUCCAAGAAGCAAAGUUCCCACAAGAAGAAGCAAUAUAAGAGGAGUCCCUUGCAACAACCGUGGAGACCUUUAUGACCCUAGCAAUAUAAGAGGAGUCCCUUGCAACAACCGUGGAGACCUUUAUGACCCUAGCAAUAUAAGAGGAGUCCCUUGCAACAACCGUGGAGACCUUUAUGACCCUAGCAAUAGAGACCCUUCUGUCCUUAGAGUCCCAAGAAGCGGCCCUGGAAGAGAGCUUUACUCCCAGAGGCAAACAUGCGGAGUGAUCAGAUGGAACCGGUGA